AUGUCCAAUCAGUAAACGACGUUCGGACUCUGGACUGGUUCAGCAAAGUCGGACCUUUAGCCGUUUUUGCAAGAAAAAGUUGCAAAAAGACGCCCAGUUCGAGAUCUUUUCGCUUUUUUUUUUUCGUCUAAAUUUCUUCAAAACAUCCGGAGAUAUUUUAGCUGUUACGGCAAAACGCUCAACGAGUCCAGAUUCUACAACCGCAUGCGGGAAGAAACGAUGCGACGACCGCUCCUCCUCCCCAAUUUUCUUCUUCCCUUGCAUUCAAUUCGAGACAAACCCUAGGCUUAACAGAAAGGAAUCAACUUUUCCAUUUUUCAUGCUGUGCAAAAUAUUUAACCACGCAUUGGUUUAUGUAAUUUACUGGUUAAUCUAGUAACCGCGAUGGUUUGGGAUUCGAGUUUCGGUGGUCCUGUCUCAGGUCGAUCGGUAGCUUUCUCGACGUGAAAGGAGACUUUUUAUUAAGGCUUGAAUUUGUCGGAGAAGAUUCGUAUUUUUGAUGGAGCCUCGUGUGGGUAAUAAAUUCCGGCUUGGUCGCAAGAUCGGGAGCGGCUCCUUUGGGGAGAUCUACUUAGGCACUAAUUUGCAGACGAAUGAGGAGGUUGCGAUUAAACUGGAAAAUAUUAAAACCAAACACCCUCAGUUGCUGUAUGAGUCAAAGCUCUACAAGAUUUUGCAAGGAGGAACUGGUGUUCCAAAUAUAAGAUGGUUCGGAGUAGAAGGUGACUACAAUGUGCUUGUGAUGGAUUUGUUGGGACCAAGCCUCGAAGAUCUUUUUAAUUUUUGCAGUAGAAAGCUUUCAUUGAAGACCGUUCUUAUGCUAGCUGAUCAGAUGAUGAACCGUGUGGAAUACAUUCACGGGAAAUCCUUUCUGCAUCGGGAUAUAAAACCUGAUAAUUUUCUAAUGGGAUUGGGAAGACGUGCAAAUCAGGUGUAUAUUCUUGACUUUGGUCUUGCCAAAAAGUACAGAGAUUCUUCAACUCACCAACACAUUCCAUACAGGGAGAAUAAGAACCUGACUGGAACAGCAAGAUAUGCGAGCAUGAAUACUCAUCUGGGCAUUGAGCAAAGCAGGAGGGAUGAUCUGGAAUCUCUAGGAUUUGUCCUGAUGUAUUUUUUAAGAGGAAGUCUUCCUUGGCAGGGACUUAAAGCAGGAACUAAAAAGCAGAAGUAUGAAAAAAUUUGUGAAAAAAAGGUCUCCACAUCCAUCGAGGCCUUAUGCAGAGGUUAUCCUACUGAAUUUGCAUCAUACUUCCACUACUGUCGUUCACUGCGAUUUGAUGAUAAACCUGAUUAUGCUUAUCUUAAGAGACUGUUCCGUGAUCUUUUCAUUCGAGAAGGUUUUCAAUUUGAUUAUAUGUUCGAUUGGACCAUUUUGAAGUUUCAGCAGUCACAUUCUUCAAAUGCUCCUCCUCGUGCUAUUGGAUCUGGUGCUGGACCUAGCAAUGACAUGGCUCCUGCAGAUCCUAAUCCUGAGAAGCAAUCAGGUGGUGAAGAAGCAAAGACAAGUGGUUUGUCUGCGACAGAUCAUUCCCGCCGGCGAUUUUCAGCUCUUGCUGUAUCUGCAGGUAGCACAACAAAGCAGAGAAAUCCAAUUGGAAAUGAUUUACCAGCUAUGAAAGAUUUACCCAGUUCAGCUUUUUUGGGGCGCUCAAACGGUUCUGUAAGACGAACUGCUGCUUCCAGUAGCCAAGACAUGGCCUUCUCCAAGGCACCAUUUUUUCCUACUCUCACUUCUGAAGAAAGCCAUGGCCCUUCCCAGAGAGUUCCAGGUGUUCAGAUUUGUUCUCCAGUUAUAUAUUCACAGACAAAACGCUAUCUUUCUGGAAGGAAUUCAUCUAACUUAAAGAACUACGAGUCAACACUCAAAGGCAUGGAGCGACUCAAUUUUGAUGGUGACAAGAUUGUAUAGUAAUCGGCAGUGUUAAAGCUCUCCUUCGGUGAACUUUUUCUUCUAUGUACAAAGUCUGUUUCAGAUCCUUUGGUUUAUGUCCAGUAUUUUUGACUGAGCAUCUUGAAGCUGCAAAUUUUGAUUGAUUUGUUUAGACGAGCGCCAUGAAAAUGUGACAAAGCCAGAUAAUGAAGCUUAUGUGGCUGUAAAAGUAAGAUGGUUAGCUUUGUCAUUCUCCAUGGCUGCUUUUGUUUCCCUGUAAUUUUUCUGAUUUGUAUUUGGUGUUCAACUGUCAAAUAAUCUGUAUAAUUUAAAGUUUUUUUGUCUUUAGAUGACAUUUUAUCAUCAAUGAAGUAUUUCUGUAAA